AUGAAGAAGGCGCUUGCUACCUUUGUGAGCAUGCGCACUGCCCAUGUAAACAACAUGGCGCUGGAGGCAUGUGUAGCGUUCCUGCUUGCAGAAGAAUUGGAUGCAGAUGAUAAUGUUCCUUUCGUUGCAGAUGCGCUGCGACACAUUCAAGGAGUCAGGGAUAAAACUGAAGGGGACUACAUAACUACAGUGGUACCUCAAUACAGCGUUGUCGAGUUCCAGAACCACUUCCAGUUAACACCAACUCAGGUGGAGGAGCUGAUUACAUCAUUAGAGCCUGUUAACUGGAACUUCACUAGGAGAAAAUGGCCUCUCAGGAAUAUCAUCCUGUCAAGUCUCUGGACUCUGACCACCCUGGAGUCAUACAGAGAUGUGGCGGAAAGGUUCCAGACCAGCAAAUCUGUCAUCUGUGACCACUUGCAUGAGUUCUGUGCACUACUCACAGAACACUUCUCUCACAAGAUCAGGUGGCCUAAAGGGGCCGAGGCUGAGGCCUCUGUGGCGGGCUUCUCAUGGGCGGGGUUACCAGGCACACUGUGCGCAGUUGGGUCCCGUCACGUCCCCAUUGACAAACCCCAGGGGGUCCCAGAGCCCGAGGCCUACCUCAAUGCCAAACAGUUCUACUCCAUCAACCUCAUGGCCUUCUGCGAUCACGCUGGGAGAUUCGUUCACGUAAACGCGGAGCACCCCGGAGGGUGGCAUAACUCUCAGGUCUUUCAGAUGACUGAAGUGGGCAAGGCACUGCAGGAAGACCCUCAGGCCCUUCUUACGGACCACCAUCUUGUGGGUGAUGCCACCUUCCCUCUCUUUGAGUACCUGCUUACUCCUUUCCCAGAUUUUGGCGACCUUGUCGUGAAAAAGGGACGUUAUAACUGGAGGAUAUUUUCGACCCUUAAGGUGAUACAGAAUGCCUUUCGCGUUCUUCUGUCUAGAUUUCACAGACUGAAAUCUCUUCAGAUGCACUCCAUUGCAAAGACUAGCACUGCUGUAAAAGCAUGUUGUAUUUUGCACAACAUGUGUUUAGAGACUAACAAUCCAGUGCAACUCGAUGACACGGACUGUGACACGGUAUUACAAGAGCCUUUCCACUUACUGCCAAAUGGGCACUCUGGGAGUUUGGGUGGCAUAUCCAAAAGGCAAGACAUUGUUGCAUCGCUCGGAAGAAAGAGACCUCAAGAUAUAAUGUGAUUGUUUCAGUACUGUUCUUUCAUUUAAUAAAGUGUGACAUUCUUUGACAUAUUUUACAUUCAGUUUUG